AUGUUUAUGACCGCGGCGGGAAAAACAAUCGCGCCCAUUGGCGGAAUAAAAUCACGUGUACCACAUUAGUUAGCGUCUUACCGGCCGCACUGCUUCUAUAUUUCCUUCACAAAGAAUUGUACAGCGCUCAUAAUACUACACUAUGGGUCGCCCAAAAGCAGAAGGCAGCAGGAAGAGGAAAGCUAAGGACCCUAACAGACCAAAGAGGGCCACAUCUGCCUAUUUCUUCUUUCUUUCUAAAAUGAGGGAGGAUUCCAAAAAAGCAGGAAAACCCAUCACAAAAAUUGCUGAAUUUACAAAAGAAUGUUCAGCAAAAUGGGCCAAAAUGAAUGAGAAAGAUAAGGAGCCAUUCGCCAAGAAGGCCCUAACAGACAAGAAUAGGUACGAUGCUGAAAUGGCCAUCUACAAGGGAAAAGACCCCAACGAUGCUGGCAAGCCCAAGAGACCACAAUCUGCGUAUUUCUGCUUUUUGGCCGAUUUCAGGUUAAAGAUGAAAGGAAAGGAUAUUGAUCACAAAGAAAUCAUCAAAAUGGCUGGUGAAGCCUGGAGAAAUCUGGAUGACAAUGAGAAAAAGCCAUUUGAAAAGUUAGCCCAGAAAGAACAAGAGAAAUAUGAACAAGCUCUUAGUGACUGGAGAAAGGGAGGUGGAGGUGCAUCCCCAUCAAAGAAACCCAAACAGGAGGAGAAUGGCGAUGAAGAUGAGGAAGAUGAAGAAGAGGAGGAAGAUGAUGAUGAUGAAGAUGAUGAAUGAAGAGUCCCAGUGAGGGGAAGUCUCCCACCCAAAACAAAGCCAGUCCAUUACAUAUGUCACAAAUAAAAAGAUCUGUAUGAAACGCACCUAUAAAGGAGUGAUCUCAACUCGUCCACUGCUGAGGCCAGCCUGUGCUUUCUCUAUAGGGGUGAACAGUGGGAAGUAGUAUAGCAUGGUAGAUUAAACGAAACAUUAAGAAUGUCUGUGAAAUUGAAAUCUUGAGUAUACCUAAGGUACUUGAUGCCACAAUAAUGUAUUUAAAAUUGAGAGAGUUUUUUGGUCAAUUUUACUUUUUCUUGGGUUUGAAACGGUCUUUAAAAAAUCUUUUGUUUUGAGAGAUAACAAUGAAGUAAGGUUGGUGCAUUCUGGUUGUAUAUAUUUUCAUAUUUUUAUCAUUAUAGACGACAAAAUCUCAUUUUAUCAUAUUUAUCAUCUGUAUCGAGUCCUGUUCAUUUGUAUCAUUGCCCACGCUGAACUAUACAAGUGUUGUAACGGGUUUCAGACGUUAUUCAUUACCGCAUGUAGCACUUUCUGCCUAACUCUGUAUCGAGCAGGGAAUUUUUUUUUAUUAUCUACAAAUUAAUUCCACUCAGGGACUACAAGGUGUGUUGGAAGGCAUUUAUUUUGAUCGUAUGCACCAUUUUCAGCAUUUUAUACAAUGUUUGAGAAAGAUUUAAAUUGCAGUAUUUAUUUUGUUUUCACGUUGAUUUAUGACAAAUUCCCAAGCAAUAAUUCUGGACAAUUGUAUUAUGGAGGACAUUUUUUCAACAGUGCUCAUCAUUUUGACUCUCUUCUCAUCAGUUUUCAUUUAGUUUAAACAUAUCAUGUGUUUGAAAAUGUGCAAGAUUUGUAUCGUUUUAGUAAGGAAAUUUUAAAUAAAUUAAAUCAAACUUU